AUGGCGGACCGGCUGACAAAUACUGUCGCACAGUCUCGAUGGCUCUCUUCAAGCUCGCUCCUCUACGUGCACUGGUGGGAUCACGAAACGUCGAUUCCAGAAGUCACGGAUGACCUGCGCAACCUCGUCGCGACGCGGAAGGUUCUCUACCUCGGGAUCUCAGACACCCCCGCAUGGGUCGUCUCUCAAGCCAACCAGUAUGCCAUGGACCACGUCCGUAAGACACCGUUAGUCAUCUACCAGGGCAGAUGGGACAUCUUAGAUCGUUCGUUCGAGCGCGAGAUCAUACCCAUGGCCAAGUCUCUGGGUUUGGCGCUUGCUCCGUGGGGUAGACUUGGGCAAGGGAAGUUACGGUCCGACGCGGAAGAACAGAGAGGGGGGGAAGGAAAUCCUGGGCCUGCCAGCUUGGGAGCGGCAUUAGAGAAGGUCGUGGCUGAGAUUGGUGCCAAGAGCGUGACGGCUGUCGCUAUAGCAUAUAUGAUGCAGAAAGCACCGUAUGUAUUUCCGAUCAUUGGAGGUCGGAAGGUGGAGCACCUCAAGGCGAAUAUAGAGGCGCUGGAUAUCUCAUUGUCGAAGGAGCAGGUGGAGUAUUUGGAGGGUGUCGUGCCUUUUGAUCCCGGGUUCCCUACGACGAUGAUUGGUGACGGAUCGAGGUAUAACCCAUUCCUUGCAUCGACUGCAAAGAUGGCGAAACUGCCAGCAUUGCGGCCUAUUAAAUCUUGAUUGUUCGCAACUCGUGUCCAUCAUACUAGCAACUGAAUUAAUGACCUAUCUUACCGAAAUUUG